AUGGAAGAAGGUUCGAAAGAAGGAGGAAACGGCCAGAGAGGAGGGCUGGAGGUGAAUCUGGUGUGGAAGAAAAAGGAGCAGAAGAAAUUUUAUGGUGGAGCUCUGGCUGGUAAGCUUAUUACAGAAAAGAAUAUGAAUAAACAGACGGUGAUUCAGAUGAUUAGAAAAGGCUGGAAUCUGAUAAGGAAUGAAGAUCUAGAGAUUUCUGAAGUAGACCGUAAUGCCUUCAUUUUCGAAUUUCGAAAAAAGGAGGAACGUGAUCGCAUUCUACGUGGUCGCCCUUGGUCGAUACAAGGUACCUUACUGAAUAUACAACCAUGGAAGGAUUCUAUAACCUUUAAUGAAAUUGAUUUUAGUAAAUGUCCUUUUUGGAUUCAAUUUCAUGAUCUGCCAUUGGAAGUAAUUGAUGUUGAGAAUGCUGAGAUUAUUGGAUCGAUGAUCGGAGAAGUAAAAUUAAUAGAAAAUCCAAGAAAGAAGGACCUGCUGGUUAGAAGUUUUCUACGAGUCAGAGUGAUAGUAGAUAUUCUGAAGCCGCUUAUUUCUGGUAUGUGGACGCCGAGACCAGACAAGGAUCCGAUUUGGAUCAAAGCAAAAUAUGAGCGUCUACAGAAUUUUUGCUUUGUCUGUGGUAGGAUUGGACAUGAUAUGAGAAUGUGUCCUACUAGAGACUCGGAAGUAGAAAAUGUAGAAAGAAAAUUUGGCGGAUGGCUGAGCACACCGGGAAUUAAAACCUUGGAGGAAGGAUUGAUCAAUUGUACUGGAGAAUGGGAAGAAUACGAGGUCUCUAAACAAGAAAAAAACAAGGCUGUCGGAAGAACAAAAAUGUUACAAGAUAGUGGAGGAAAGAGUGAGGAAAACAAUAAAGAUGACAAUGGUGUAAUAUCAUCAGGUAAUGAGUUACCGAAAGUUGCCUCAGACAGUUCAGCUGAAGGCAAGGAAAGUUGGAUAGACCAGAAUGUAAGCAGAAAGGGAGAGGGGAUACAAGGUGGAGCAACGGUGGAAAGCGACUCAAACUCACCUAUGUCGGAAGUGACUACUGGGCUGAAAAAGGUAAAACUAAAAAGAUCUUUUGUAGAAACUACAGAGAACCAGAUGGUUAAGAGGAGGAAGUUAUACUUUGAUGAGUCAAAUGUGACAGAUGAAAAGCAAGGGGUGGAAAAGAAGGGAAGUGAAGUGAGAAGGAGUGUUAGAGCUGUUCGGAAGAUGAUAAGAAGGAGUGGCAGGGAGAAUGAGAAGUCAAGACAGCAAGGAAGGGUAGGAGUAAAGGAGAAAGCUGAUUAUUCAGAAGAUUGGAUCCAGAAUACUGAUAAUGGGUAUGAAAUGUCUGCUGAAGGUCUUGGUGGCUGGCCUCAAACAGCCACCAAGGAGCCAUGA